AUGACUUCUCGGGACGCGAACAUCGAUGAUGAAGACCUCACUGUACACGCAUGCUGCGCGCCCAUCCAGAACUUAGCUCGACCUGUUGAUUUCAGUGAACUAGAUGAGGACGAGCGACCUUUCUUUCACUGGCCCAUCUUUGGCCCGCUGGUAGUUGAGAAUGAAAGCAGUGAUGCGCGUGACCACUGCGCCAACGAGAGAACGUUUCUCUCAUAUCUUCGCCUGUCGGUUUAUAUGGCCAUCGUCUCGGUAGCCAUCACCCUGUCUUUCCAUCUCAAGAGUGAGGCCUCACCGUUAGAACUACGCAUGGCAAAGCCACUUGGCACGAUAUUCUGGGCUCUUUCCGUCAUGACACUCUUUGCAGGGAUGGCUAAUUACAUAACAAACGAGCAGCCAUUGUACAAAUUGGUUGGAAGACUCAUGCAGUAA